GCUCUUGGCCCCCAAAGUCACCACCACCAAGCAGCGACAAUGGCGGAAUCGGUAUGCCGGACGCUCAGGGACGGAGGCUUAGAAGGAGAGCACGCACCUGCUCUCACCAUAAAGGACUCCAUUGCUUCUCCCUUCGGCUUCGACGUCUUCUGUCACGUCCUCACUCAGCUUUCCUCCUUCAUUUUGGCGGGAAAAUCACAGUCACGAGGACUUGUGCUUGUUGCAUUUUGCAGAAGCCCGUCGUUUUAUGCAGAUUUGCUGAAGAGUAAAGGGAUCGAUGUGAAUUCCUCUAAUAAAUGCAGGGUUCGAAUUUUGGAUUGUUAUACCGAUCCUCUAGGGUGGAAGUUUCGGUUAAUGGGUGUUGGAAACCUUAGGGAUCUUUCCUGUGAAGCUUCAAGUACUGGCAUUCUUUGUAAGGAUGUAAAAGAUACGAAUAAAUUGUACUCUUCAAUUAUUGAACUAGGGAAAGGUUUGGUGGCAGAGGCAAAAAGUCGUUUUUCUGUAGCCAUAGAUUCGGUAGAUCAAAUGCUUAGACAUGCAUCUAUGUCAUCAGUUGCAGGCCUGUUUAGCAAUCUGCGCAGCCAUGGUCAAGUUUCUAAUGUCUUUUGGUUACUACAUUCAGACCUUCAUGAAGUGAGGGUUACAGCUUCUCUGGAAUAUAUGUCCUCUAUGGUAGCUAGUGUAGAACCAUUGCAACAGUUAACAAAUGGUCAAAGAGAUGAUUCAGACAAGGCCUCUUUAACUGAGCAGAACUUGAAGAAAGGAAAGUUUCAUGUCCGAUUUAAACGGAGAAAUGGACGUGUUCGAGUGAUGUUGGAAGAAUUUCACAUAGAGCAGUCAGGCAUCAGCUUUAAGUCUGCGUCUUCUGAAGAAGUAACUAAUCAAGGUCUUUUGCCAAAGGUUCAGUUCAGCCUACAGUUGUCAGAGAAGGAGCAAAUUGAUAGGUCUAAUGUUGUUCUUCCUUUUGAGCAUCAAGGUAAUGGUAAACCCAUACAAAUUUAUGAUGGCCGAAACUCUCUCAUGGAAGGCAAACAUGAGACAACCUCUGUUUCAGCCGGAAACUCAGAAACAAAUGAGGGCUCUGGUGGGGGUGAGAUCAUAUAUUACCGUGACUCAGAUGACGAGAUGCCAGAUUCAGAUGAGGAUCCUGAUGAUGAUUUGGAUAUUUGACUGCAUUGUCUCAAUUAGUGACCAUGAAUUCAUGUCUGCUGUUAGAAAUCUGAUAAUGGAACAAGGGCUAAGUUGGGUUGUCUUAUGUUUCCAGUUAAGCUUGGCAGUGAAGGAAUGGCUGGAAUUCUCCAGGCACCAAAGUCAGAACCUUUUGUUUGGGGCAGGAUUUAAGAAGUAUGACCAUGAAGUGAUAUCAGGUCUUUGUGGGAGCUAUUUUGAUGCAGUAGAGAAGAAUCUGUUUCUGGUAGUGUGCUAUUUUUGUUCUGAAAACCUUUUUUUAAAAGUUAUUUUAAAGCUAUCUUUGUGCAGAGAAAGCAGAUCUCCAGCUUGGUGUUGUAACUUGGUUGGAAACAAUACUGUGUACCUACAACCAAUUAUUAUUUAUUAAGAUGAGAUUGCAGGGUUUAUGUUUUCUUUUUGGGAAACAAUGUUAAUUAGCAUGACCCUCAUUUCCUUUUUAUUAUUGAUGCAUGGAGGCAAUUUAUCAAAGCGUUCGUGAUGACUGUUUUUUAGUCCAGAAUAAUUUGGACUAUAAAACACUUUUUUGAUUGUAUUUCUUCUUCUUCUUUUUUUUCUUUUUUUUUUUUUCUGCAUUGGAAUUUCAAAUUUUGAUAUUUCCAUUAAAAUAUAUGGCUAAAAUUUUC